AUGAAGGCAAGCGAGAUUCAGCUUCAAGCUGUUUCAGCAUCCCUGUAUCGCCGGAUUUGCGCCCUGCAGCAGGAGGUCUCCCACGCACAGAAGGCCAAUGAAGAGUCUCACAGGCAGCUUGUAGAUCUCCAAACUCAAAAACAUGCGCUUCUGGAAGAAUCCAAGAGGCAGCAACAAGAUCACAGGUGUGAAGUUUCCGAUUUGAAGAAGCGCCUGAGGGAGACUGAGGAGCAAUGGAAACAGGAGAUGCAAGAGACGUCUGAACAGAUUUCGGAAAGGGACAAGAAAAUAUGCAGUCUCGAAGCAUCUUUCAACAGAGCCCAGUACUCGAAGGAGCAAGAAUGGGAGGGGAGGCUAUCCAGCGCCAGGGAUGGCUUUACCUCUCGUCUCCGGGAGGCAACGAGCCAGAACGAGGAUUUGACGGCGAGGUUGGAAGUGCUGUCGAGGGAGAAGGCUGGUAUGUGCGACAUAGUUGUCAUGGGAAUGGACGCAAGGUUGACGAUUUUGCAGGCGGCUUUUUCAGUCCCGUGCUUAUUUAUGGGGCUGGUAUCGGAACACAGAAAAAUGCAGGCAGAAAUGAGCAGAAAGCAUAAGAAGGUCGAAGGGGAGCUUGCAACGACCCUGAAGAAGGCUCUGCAGGCGGAUUCGUCAAAGGCUGCGUUGGAAGAAAUUGUGGCGGGGCUGAAAAGCCAAUUGUGCAGUCAAAAGGCCGUCAUUGACGCCCAGGACGCCAGCACCGAGGAUCUCCACAGGGAAAUUGCAGGUUUCAAGACUCGCAUCGCCGAACUCCAAGUCCAGGUUGAAGAGGCCAAGGAGGAGGCCCACGGCCACGCGCUGGAAGCAGCCAAAGCCAUGGAAGCGAUGGAAGCGGCGCAGGCCGAACAUGGUGCGAGCGUGGAAUCCCUUCUGAAAUCGUGGACUCUCGAGAAAGCUGCAAUCACCAAACUGGCGUCCGACACCGCCCGCCGCGCUCGCGACAGGGCAAAGAGAGAGGCGCUGCGGUGGGAUCAGAAGCUCAGGAAAAUGAAGGCGGAGGCGAAGAAAUUGAGCGAGGAGCGGGCCGCUCUGCAUGCACGUGUGUACGAUCUAGAGGAGCAAGUGCUUAAUGGAGAACUGAACAGAGGCCCGGAAAAGUUGGUCCCUGGUCCCAGCAGCGCAGGUGAUGCAAACCAUGCUUGCGCACCAGAAAUCGACACGGCACGGCUUCUUGAGGAAAUGGCUGCAGUCCGUGCCCGUCAGGAGGCAUACCUUCAACGGGUCAACGCCUAG